UUAACAUUUAAAUUAACUCUACCGUAACUUUGAUCAGCUACAAUAUACAUGUACACGCACAGUUGUUAGGGAAUUUGUUUAUCCAACAAUAAACUCUAUUAUGUUCUAGAUAUUCAGCAGGACAGUUAAUUAUGGCUGUGCCCGGAAAAAGGGUAUCUCAGAAAUUAACAACAAGCCAGUCUAUGGCUUCUGAUGAAGAUUAUGAAGAUUACUGUCAGCCAUGUGACAGAGCUGAUGUCAGACAACCUGCCUUUGGAUACUGUGUGGACUGUAAGGAGCAUUUAUGCCAAGCAUGUUUCGUCACCCACAGGAAACCUAAACCAUCACAGCAUCAUCAGCUUCUUGACAAAGAGCACAUGCCCGUGAAACAAAACCUUCAGGUUGCAUCACAAUCUUCUCCUACUAAACAGGCUGAUAGUCUAACAACGCCGUGUUCUUAACACACAAAAGAAGUGAUCAUGCUGUAUUGUCAUGAUCAUAAUGCACUUAUUUGCAGUACAUGUGUUGCCGUUCAACACCCAUUAUCCUCCUGCCAUGUGGACUACAUACCUGAUAUAUCAGGACAGGCUUUAGACAGCAUGGAGUUUUACAAUACUCAGAAAGUACUGGACAAAUUGAAAGAAAAAUGCUGCAAGGUUACAAAAGAUCUAAAACAAAGAGUAGCUGAAUCAACAACUUCACUUAAAGAUGUUGAAGCUGAAAUAGAAAAAUUUCGAAAAGAGAUAAACAAAAGAUUAGAUGUUCUAGAAAAGGAGGCUAAAAACAUUGCAACAACAAUCAAACAUGACAACAACCAAAAGUUGAAAACAACAGAAAUUACAUGUGCAGACAUCAACAAAUCUCUUCAAGCAUGUGCUGAUAAACUAAAACAGCUCAAUAACACCAAGAAAGCUGACCAAGUUUUCAUUGAACUUAAACUAUCCCAGCAACUGAUUUCAGAUAGUGAUAAAAGAAUAUCUAAAUUAUCAGAAGUCAAUGCUGUUGAUGAUUAUACCUUUAAACCCAAUCAAGCUUUUAAAACAUUCCUACAGGAUGAGAUAUCACUGGGAACUUUGAUAAGUAAACGUCACAAACAGCAAGCGAAAUCAACCAAAAAAGUUGCGCUUGCAACGAAAGUGCCGACCCCGACAAAUAUCAAUGUAAAAGCAUCUUUAUAUGAAAGUAAUUGUAUGAUCACUGGGAUAGCCGUUUCUCCUAAAAACCAAAUAAUUGUAGCUGAUUACAACAACAAAUCAAUUAAAAUGAUAAACAAGACAAGUGGAGAAGUCAUUCAACAACUACAACUUGAAUCGGGCCCUCAUGAUAUCACAUUAAUCAACAGCGGUACACUUGCUUUUACCACUAUCAAAACAAUACAGUAUAUUUCCUUCGCCUCUCACACACUUACACUGAAACACAAACUUCAAGUGGAUGGAAAUUGUUAUGGUAUCAGUCAUCAUCAGAGAAAACUUGCAGUAACAUGCAUAACACCUGGUAAACUCCUUAUUAUGGACUUAAAAGGUAAUGUUCUCAUAAAGGUUGAAAAAGAUUCCAAUGGUGACGAUAUUUUAAGACGACCUGAUUAUGUCUGCACAAACAGCCAAUCAAUAUAUGUAUGCGAUAACGACAAGGGCAAAGUUAUAUGUUUAUCCUGGCAGGGAGAGAUGAUAGGCAGGCAUGGUGGGAUUAGGCAACCAAGGGGCAUUACACUGCUGGAUGAUGGAUCCCUCUUUGUGAGUGAAUAUGAAAAAAAUCGCAUUCUGAAAGUAAGAGGUGACUGUAAAGACAGUGAAGUAGUACUGGAAGAUGUUUAUAAUCCUCAGGCCUUAUGUUGGUGCCCUGAAACCAGUAUGCUCUGUAUUAGCAGAUAUAUACCCGGCAGUGCAGACAAAAACAAUCAUGUUACAUUGUAUAAAAUGAUGUAGAAUACAUUAAUAGUAUUAAUACAUGAUUACAUAAUGAACUGAUUAUUUAAAUCCAACCAAAAUUCUGUAUUACAAAAAUUGCAUCAGUGUGCCUUUAAAAAAUUGUACUUCUUUUAAAUAAACAUAAAAUUUGACCAAAUAAAUAAGACAACAAAAGCUGUCACGCAAGUGACAAAUGCCACUGUAAACUUUUUUUUAGCAUGCAGGUAUUAUGAAAAGGAAAAGAACAGAAUGAAAAUAACUAAUUGCUUGAUAUUGUGCUUGUGAGAUGAAGUGCUAUAGAUAGCAAACCUAACACCUUGGGACAAGGGCCUUGGAUGUGACACACCAUCUUGAUGUGGUAUACAUUUAUGCCAAGUUAUUUUAAAAUCCUUCAAUGCAUGUCAAUGUUACAGUUUGGAAACUAAUGUGUACUUUCAAACUCUUCUUAUGAGCAUAAGUACCUUCAAACUAUUAGAGUGACCUUGACCUUGGAGGUAGGAACAUGGGUCUUACACACAACACAUGAUCUUAGUAAGGUAGAUAUCUGUGCCAAGUAAUUUAAAUUUUUUUAAAUGCAUGACAAAGUUAUACUCCAGAUACAAAUGUGUGUACCUAUCAUCUCUAAUUGUGAUAGCUUGAACCUUCAAAAUAUAACUGUGACCUUGGCCUUUGAAGAAGGGACAUGGUUCUUGGAUGCGACACAACAUUGUCAUAUGAUAAACAUUUGUGCAAAGUUAUUUCAAAAUCACUCAAUGUUUGUUGUGUAAGUGGGGACACAUGGACAGACAGAUGGACAUAAGCAUUAGCCGCAACAUAUCAUCUUGAUGUGGUAGACAUUUGUGCCAAGCUAUUUCAAAAUCCUUAAUGUAUGACAAAGUUACAGUCCAGACACAAAUGAAGUGGAGACACAAGACAGACAGACGAACGGAGUGAUUUUAAUAUGCCGCCCUUCAGGGGCAUUAAAAUGUUCUGCGGUUUAAAAGUUAUGGAGCGGACACGAAAGUGUUACGAAGAGACAGACUGAAGGGGAUUUAAAAAAAAUUUUGUUUGGAGUAACUAUUAAACAUAUCUCACUCUUGAAAUUCUUUUCAAAUUCUCCCUUUUCACUGGAGUAUAUUCACAAUUUUAAUCUUUAAUAUACAAACAGCUAUAAUCACCAU